CACAUGGCCUGCUACGACGUCUGCCGCCCCUGCGGACCCACCCCGCUGGCCAACAGCUGCAACGAGCCCUGUUCCCUGCAGUGCCAGGACUCCCGCGUCGUCAUCCAGCCUCCCGCCGUGCUGGUCACCCUGCCAGGACCCAUCCUCACCUCCCACCCCCAGAGCACCGCCGUCGGAUCCUCCGCAUCGGCUGCCGUGGGCAACGAACUCGGCGCCCAGGGAGUUGCUGUCAACUCCGGCAGCUUUGGCUACGGCUUCGGAGGCCUGGGCUGCUUUGGUGGCAGAAGGGGUGGCUACAUCUGCUGGCCCCUCCACACCACACACAUGGCCUGCUACGAUGCCUGCCGCUCCUGGGGACCCACCCCGCUGGCCAACAGCUGCAACGAGCCCUGUUCCCUGCAGUGCCAGGACUCCCGCGUCGUCAUCCAGCCUCCCGCCGUGCUGGUCACCCUGCCAGGACCCAUCCUCACCUCCCACCCCCAGAGCACCGCCGUCGGAUCCUCCGCAUCGGCUGCCGUGGGCAACGAACUCGGCGCCCAGGGAGUUGCUGUCAACUCCGGCAGCUUUGGCUACGGCUUCGGAGGCCUGGGCUGCUUUGGCGGCAGAAGGGGUGGAUACAUCUGCUAAGGGCUCUCGCCACCACCCGUGAUGCCAACCACACACACCCUGGAAGCCACGCCACACAUUCAGGACAUGCACCUCUAGGCCCUUCCUGGCACAUGGACCUGCUGUCCACAGCUCCUCGUCUGCAGGCACCAAGCACGGAAGCAGGGAAGUUGCCAGCCUGGGCUGCCUGCGUACCUCGAUGAAGGUCCUUCUCCUCUUCUCCCACAUCUUUCUUUGUACCUCAGACUUGUGCUGUUCCACUUGGGACUCCUGCCUUUUCACUCUUCUCCCUCAAUAAAGUUCUCCUUCAUCCCAGCUUGA